AUGGCCCCGCCACGCGACGAAGGCGUCACAGAGCUGAUUGACCGUCUAGAGCAAGCCUCCAAGAUCCCUGCACAGCAAAGGGAAUCCAAGGUAUCUGCCAAAGUAGAGAGCGUAUGCACAAUAGCCUAUGAAGAUGGGUUGUCCAACACGUCGCUGGAUCGACUCCUCGACAUCAUCACGCUCCCCAACGAGCUGGACCAAACAAGCACCAACGGGCUGAUCAAGAACCUCUAUCCAGCGACCAAAGUUCCGGAUACUAUCGUGAUUAAGAUAGUCGGCAGCCUUGGUCAUGGGCAGGCCAAACCCUCCUAUAAUGCCCAGGCAGCUCUAGUGAAGUGGCUCAUCAUGGUCUAUGGCGUUCUUGAAAACCCCAAGAUAUUGUCACAACUCUAUAGCAUUUUGUUUAAUCUCCUUGACACAAUUGCCAUCAGAAUGGAAUUGAUCCGGCGAGCGGGAAAGGAGCCACCUCUUGUCGGGCUCAUGCGAGUCUUCAAAGAUUAUUACCCCGAUGUGAUUAUUGGCGAUAUGGUAUCUGGAAGGGCAUCGGUAUUUACACAUCCAAAUCCUGAAUGGCGCCAACACCUAGAGGAGAUCCAAGAUAUACACUUCCAGAGAACGCAACGCGAGUUGCGACCUAAUCAGCGAGCAUUCGGAGGCCCUCGAAGGGAUAUAACCGGCGGAAAGCAAGCCAAAACAUCUACAAUACCCCAAGUACAUACGUUCAAUGCCCAUGAAUCUUCUGUCACACUGGAAGAAAUAGAAGACUUACAUGACUUUGUUCAACGGUUUGAAAAGAUUGAGCCGCCUAACCAGUUGGCCGCGGUUAUAGGGGAUCCUCUGCUGCAGAAGUUCUUGCAGCUCAAAUCCUCUCAAGUUUAUAACCAGCGAGUGGAUAGUUGGCUAUUUGCUUUCUUCGAAGAUCAGCUACAAAAUCCCGAAUCCUCCGAGGUUAGGAUAAUAGAGAUGCUCGAGGGUGUUCGGAGUUAUGCUCAAUAUACUAAGAUACUACCACCAGCCUGUUUCGCGUAUAUCAAGUCGAUGGCUGAUUCCUGGAAUGGAAUUGUAGGCCGCACAGCCAUUCUUGAUCUUCUCUGCUAUACCCCCCUUAGUCCAUUUGAAGAUCUUUACCCAUCAAUCCUUCAACCAGUCGAGCAAGCCAUCCUCGAAGAUGAGACUACUGAAGCGAAGCUCGACCUCCUGGCAUUUUACAGAAAAUUACUUGACCGCUGGACGGUGUUACUGCUGGCGCAACCUCAACAAUCACCCAGUGCUGCAUCUACAAUUACCUCCCUAGUAUCCCACGCCGAUAUAUUAGCCACCACUAUCGUCCAAUGCUCUCUUAGUAUUUCCACCCUCUCGAAAGUCUUAGAAUUCUAUGAAUCCAUCACCUCUAUGAUCUCCCAGCCCACUUUGAAAGACUUAGUGCGCAUUCCCAUACCCCCUGCAGAGCUAAUACAUACUCUUCAAUUCACGCAGUCCCUCGACAUUCUUAGUCGUCUUUGCGGAAUUUUAGCUCUCUACAAACACGCUUUCGAAGCUGCUAUGUCCCCGAGAAUAGGAGAUACCUCGGGUAGCGACACGUUAUCGUACCCAAAGGACUACGUCAAGCAAUUCAAUGGCUUUCUUAUGGAUGUCUGCAACUGCAUCUGGAGAGGGCGUGCCUUCAACACAGCAGAUAUGAAUGCACUCGGCUGCUUGCUACCUAAAAACACCGCUGCAGUUUUAGACAAUUACGUCAAAGGGCUUGGGACAUCGUUGUCCCUCCCGCCGUUAUUCAGUCUCUCUUUCUCACCGGUACUUUGCCUGUUGGCUAUCUCAUACGUUCGAGAGCUGGAAGUCGCCGCAGAAGAUGAGAUUGAACGCACACAUCGGGGCCCAGUCACACAAGCUUCCUUGAAACAGCUCGAGAAAGAUGGCGGAUUGACAUUAGCUUGGCCUGAUUAUAGACUGGGUGUAUUGCACUAUUUGGAGAGCAAGGGAGUUAGGGGUGUUAGCGAGUUGAUGUAUAGUACCAUGAAACAUUUGGCCGGUGCUAGCGAAACACGGACAAGAUAA